AUGGGUGUUUGGGGUAACCUUUACUCCGAUUCAUUGUCAAAACUGGACCAAGUAACUGAUCUCAAAAUUCUUGCAAAUAAUUUAAGCGAAAUCGAUUCAGGAGCGAUUUGUGCAAACCCAAGUUUGAAAAAAUUUGAGUUAGUGUUAGGCCCUGAAACAAGUCUCCAAAAACUGACAAAAAGUCACUUCCACAAUUGCCAGAAUUUGGAAGAAGUUUCAAUCGUUGGUAUUUACAAAAACUCAUCGACUUCGAUCGAAAAAGGAGCUUUCGAGGACUUGACCAACUUGAAGAAUCUCAAUCUUGCAAAUUUGGAGAUUCCACAUUUGACACACAAUUUUUUCAAAAACCUGAACUCUUUGACACACUUAUCAGUGAGGAAAUGCGGGAUUGAAAAACUCGAGUCUGGUGUUUUUGACGAUUUGAAGAACAUUGAAGAAAUUGCGAUUUUCUUCAACAAGUUUACAACCCUGCCGGAGAAUUUGUUCAAAAACAACGGCAAAGCGAAGCGGGUGGUUUUGUUUUCGAACAAUAUCACUGAUUUGACGUGGGACGAGUUCGCAGGGCUGGACUCAGUGACCGAUCUUUUGAUUGGGCGCAAUUCAGUCGCACAUUUCGACGCUGGAAAAAUAGCGAAACACAUGCCACAAUUGAGAGAGCUUAACAUGGAGCUAAACCCGAUUUCGUGCGAAGAAAUCGAACAAUUCGCCAAGGAAUUGACGUCGAAGUUGAACCACACUGUGAAAGUCACACACAUGUCCGAUCCCUCAGCCCCCAAUUCUUGUAUUUACCAAUAA